GCUUACUCACUGCAACUCCCAGAAUACCCCGCGGCGCACUGAGCCGUGUAGACGUGAGGCAGAGAGGAAGAUUGAGGAAUUCGUCUGCAGACUUGGAGCUGCGCUGUUGUGGAAAAAAACAAUGCUGAGAAAAAUCCCAUUGAGAUUAACGACCUCUUUUGCAAAGGAGUCCUGGCCAAGAUAGACAGCAGCAUAUACAAAUUAUACAGGCCUAGCCGUCCAGCUAGCUGCCAGUAUUUCCUUGCGCGUACGUGCGUGUACUUUGGGUUAUGAGCAGCGGCAAGACGGCUCACUACAACCGAUACUCCGGAGGAGCAGCAGCCGCCACAGCAACCAUUCCCAGCAGCCCCUCCACCCCCCCAGCAGACUCUGGCACUGGGAGCAGGAUGGAGGCAUCAUUUGGCCCGACCUUCUCAGCCGUGGCUGCUGGAGCUAAAGCUGAAGGAUCCAGCAACUACAAGCAGCACAGAAGAACCCCCUCCUCCUCAAGCACUCUGACCUACUCUCCCCGCGAUGACGACGAUGGAAUGCCUCCCAUCGGUACUCCUCGGAGGUCGGAUUCGGCCAUCUCAGUCCGUUCUCUCCAUUCCGAGUCCAACAUGUCGCUGCGCUCCACUUUCUCUUUACAUGAAGAGGAGGAGGACACGGAGCCCCAGGUGUUUGCUGAGCAGCCGUCGGUAAAACUGUGCUGCCAGCUGUGUUGUAACGUCUUUAAGGACCCUGUCAUCACCACAUGUGGGCACACCUUCUGCAGACGAUGUGCCUUGACCUCAGACAAGUGCCCAGUGGAUGCUGCAAAACUAACGGUUGUGGUCAACAACAUUGCGGUGGCUGAGCAAAUCGGAGAGCUCUUCAUCCACUGUAAAUACGGCUGCAGGGCCACGGCCAGCGGAGCAGCCGGGGCGGCAGCUUCCACGGCCACGGUGGCGGGGAAACCUGGAGCGUUCGAGGUGGAUCCACUGGGCUGCCCGUUCACUAUCAAACUGUCCACGCGCCAAGAACACGAGGCCAGCUGUGACUACAGGCCAGUACGAUGCCCCAACAACCCCUCCUGCCCCCCGCUGCUCACCAUGAACCUGGAGGCUCACCUCAAAGAAUGCGAGCACAUCAAAUGUCCACACUCCAAAUACGGCUGCACAUUCAUAGGGAACCAGGACACGUAUGAGACACACCUGGAGGUGUGCAAAUUUGAGGGUCUGAAGGAGUUUCUGCAGCAGACGGAUGACAGGUUCCACGAGAUGCAGCUGACUCUGGCCCAGAAGGACCAAGAUAUUGCUUUCUUACGCUCCAUGUUGGGCAAACUGUCUGAGAAGUUGGAUCAGCUGGAGAAGAACCUUGAACUUAAAUUUGAUGUGUUGGAUGAGAACCAGAGUAAACUAAGCGAGGACCUGAUGGAGUUUCGUAGAGAUGCUUCCAUGCUUAACGAUGAGUUGUCUCAUAUCAACGCCAGGCUCAACAUGGGAAUCCUGGGUUCAUACGACCCCCAGCAGAUCUUCAAGUGUAAGGGAACGUUUGUCGGCCACCAGGGUCCCGUCUGGUGUCUCUGCGUCUACUCCACUGGAGACCUGCUUUUCUCUGGGUCUUCUGAUAAAACCAUUAAGGUGUGGGACACCUGCACCACCUACAAGUGUCAGAAAACCCUGGAGGGCCAUGACGGCAUCGUGCUGGCUCUGUGCAUCCAGGGAAACAGGCUGUACAGUGGCUCAGCAGACUGCACCAUCAUCGUGUGGGACAUCCAGACCCUGCAGAAAGUCAACACUAUUCGUGCCCAUGACAACCCUGUAUGCACGCUGGUCUCCUCCCACAACAUGCUGUUCAGCGGCUCCCUCAAGGCCAUAAAGGUGUGGGACAUCGUGGGUACGGAGCUGAAGCUGAAGAAGGAGCUGACUGGUCUGAAUCACUGGGUUAGAGCGCUGGUGGCCUCCCAGAACCACCUGUACAGCGGCUCGUACCAGACCAUCAAGAUUUGGGAUAUUCGCUCUCUGGAGUGCGUUCACGUCCUGCAGACCAGCGGCGGCAGCGUCUACUCCAUCGCCGUCACCAACCACCACAUCGUCUGCGGCACCUACGAAAACCUGAUCCACGUGUGGGAUAUUGAGUCUAAAGAGCAGGUGAGGACUCUGACAGGUCAUGUGGGAACAGUUUACGCUCUGGCCGUCAUCUCCACCCCCGACCAGACCAAAGUGUUCAGCGCCUCCUACGACCGCUCCCUCAGGGUGUGGAGCAUGGACAACAUGAUCUGUACACAGACUCUGCUCAGACACCAGGGCAGUGUCACUGCGUUAGCCGUCUCCAGGGGGCGCCUCUUCUCCGGAGCCGUGGACAGCACCGUCAAGGUGUGGACGUGCUAAACAAACCGUUCGCUCUGCAGGACUCCAGAUGACUUCACAUCUCGUUAGGUUUUCCACAUGAUUUCCUCCUCCGCACCCGUUUCUUUGAUUGUGAUUUACUCUCUUUAGUGGCCUCAUCACCGGUGCGUUACAGCACAACAGGACAAGCUGCCUUACGCUUGCACCACACUGGACCGACUGGACGCUGCUCCCUGCAAUCAGAGCAGGAAGCAGGGAGGUUGUUAGUUUCUCAGACAGCAGAAGGUCCUGCCUGCUUCCUACGGACACACCUGCCAUUUAAGAACCGUACUGAUGAUGCCUAACGCAUACUGUUGAAGAAAGUCUAAAGGCUGGUUUCACAAACAUGCAGUUGCACCGCGCUCACUCCGGUUUUGUUACGAGACUUCUCAAAAGCCAUUCACUCCUGAGAGAAAUCGCACAAUGACAAAGAUGAGAAAUUGAAAUCACGACGAGACUGUUUUCUAAAAUGAAGUAUGCACAGUUUAAUGAUCAAACUGACAUGAAGACUUCCCAGAACGUCUGUCUCCUCGUAUUCCUUUAUGUUGUUCCAGCUGCAACUAAUAAUGCUGAUAAUGUCUUUUCUUUGUGCUGCAUCGUUUGCCUUCAGUGAAAUUUCUUUGUGAAAUCAGAACCGGUCAGUAGAUGAGGAAACCGUCUUCCUGUUUAACUCCAUGUUUAUGAACUGAUUCAUUUGGUUUUGUCCAGAUGAACCGAGUUAUGGAUGUGAACUUUGUACCUGGGCGUUUACAUCAACUUUUGAACAAACAGAAAAGUGACUUUUAUCGUACCCAUUUUGUCUCAUCGUCACUCCUCAAGAAGAUCCAGUGAUCCUUAAACUCCUUCCACUGGUUCAACAACUUACCCCCAACCUGGCAGAGAACCAGACCUCUGACUACAUCAAGGAGCAUCUUUCAGAGUCUAACACCAACAGAAACGUCAAAAAGAAGAAACACCACAAGGCCUUCAUUGGAACAUCGAUGUUCCUAUGAAGGCCUUGUAGUGUUCGAAAUGUGUAAACUGCUGUCCAUGACUUAUUAAAGGACUUUUAGGUACUCGGAGUGCCUCGGACCUCUCUUCUUUUUGACGUUUGAAUGGAUUUUUUCCACUGCACCCGUUAUACUUUUUUUUUUUAAUCCACUAAUGCACUCACCUUUUGCCUGUUUUUACCAACAGAAAUGUGUUUGACUUUGUGCUGAGAUGACAGCACAGCUCUUAAUUUGAUUGUACAAGGACUGAUUAGCUCAUAACAACCAACUAUUUUAAGACUUCCUCCUGGUCCAGGAAGAAAUGUGGACUGGAUGUUGGAGCUCCCAUGACCCCCCCUUAGUAAAUCUGCUGAUCCACGACCAGGACAGAACCUGCACUGCUCCUAAUCAGUCUGGUUUGACAAUCAGGUGGACUCUUUAUAGCACCCUGGAACAUCAUUUCAAAGACAGAACCGAUGGAUUGGUGCAGUAAUGUGGCCGUUGUACUGGACUUUAGUGGUGAAGAAGGAGCCGAACCAAAAGGCAAUGCUCUCAGUUCACCAAGUUGAACUGAGUUCAGCCUCGGAGAUAAGGCGAGGAGCUUCAACAUCCAGAGAAAGAGCUGGGAGUUGAAUCAUGACAUGUUUGAGAUUGCUGGGUUCUGGACAAGACCCUGGAGGGAUUACAUAUCUCAUGUGGACUGUAGGGCUGGCCCGAAUAGUGGUUUCUGGUCUUCCGGGUAGCCGAAUAUUUGGAUACCAAAAUUAAUAUCCAGAUACCGCCGUAGCGAACCAAUAUUCUGAUAUUGGGGUCCAGCCCUAGUGGCCUGUGGACCGACCCCCCAGGAGGCUCUGGAAAAGGUCACUGUGGCUGUGGAUAGGUGGAGUGUUGGUACCAUUGACUAAGUAGCAUUAAAGAUCAGCUGAAGACAUCUCCAGUUGUAAUUAGGGCUGCUCAGGAUAGCAAUUUCUGGGCUCCGAAUAAUCUGGCCCAAUUAAUGACGAACAUUCGGAUAUUCGGAUGCCACCACAAUGACCGAAUAUUUGGAUGUUCAGGUCCAGCCCCAGUUCUAAUCAGAUGAAGCAGGUUUCUUUCCAAAAACAUUUUACUUUGAGACAUAUUGUGGAUGUCGGCUUUGUGAAACCAGCCUUUACUAAACACCUUUUAAUAAGAAUGACAGAUCUAUAGAUUUAGAGUUUUAUAUUAGUGCCAUGUUGGACCUGUUUUCAGAGCCACUCAAUGCUUGUACAGUUGUGUAAAAUAACAGAGAGCGCCGAGCCUGGACAUGUUCCCACGACAUGACUCUCAGCGGCCUGGAGAGACGACGACGGUCUGCGUGCAUGCCACGUGCCUGUUAUUGUGUAUAUGUGAGUGUGUUAACAUGAGUGCCAUAUGUGCGGAUGGAAAGUAAGGAAUGGCCGUAAUGACGUGUCUUUUCCCUCCUCUACCUCCCUCCUUCUUCCUCUCUAACCAUAAUAACCACAUGUUAACACGAGACACGCAGCCCACUGAGUGUAAUUAACCUUAAACCCCCCAGAGGCAGACCAACAGCCAUGGAGCUGAAGUCCUGCUGUCCUAAAUUACGUUCCAGAACCCAUAUUGGGUUGAAGAAAAUGACUAAAUAUGCCUGGGAGGAUAGCUGAUGAGAUUACGUCGUUUCCAUUUUGACACUUCAAUCAGAUUUUUAAAGAUGUUUUUACUUCCUGUGUAGCCUCGGUGAGGAAGACAGAGGAAGGGAAGAGGGGAGGAGGUGUCUUCACUGGUCACAGUUUCAGUGAUUUAUUGUAUACUUGUAAUCAUGUAAGCCUGAGUUGAUCAUUGAUCAAUAAAACUGUUGUACACUUUGAGAA